AUCAUCAACGCGUCAUAUAAUGUUUCAGCGGACGCCCCUCCCCCUGUCUCGUUUUUUCCCCUCACUCAACCUCUCCUUUGACUCACAGAGGCGGCUCACCACUGGUGCACGGACCGUGGAGAAUACGGGCAGAAGAUGGCUGACUUAGCCGGGCACCGCAAGCCCUCGGCGGCAUCGCCAGCGUCACACGGGCCGCUGAAAAGCUGCAAGACAUCCGCCGUCUGGCGACUGUAAACAGCUGCCGCUGCCUCUCUCACCCCCUCCUCUCCCUUCCUCACCGCAAAUAUUGACAGAAGUAUCACAGAGAAAACAUGGCAGAGAUGGAAAAAGAGGGCAGACCUCCGGAAAAUAAAAGAAGCCGAAAACCAGCUCACCCGGUGAAAAGGGAGAUAAAUGAAGAGAUGAAGAGUUUUGCAGAGAACACCAUGAACGAGCUGCUGGGCUGGUACGGCUAUGACAAGGUGGAGCUGAGAGACUCUGACAACCUGGAGAUCGGGGAGACGCCACAGCACAUCUCUGUCCUCAAAGAGAACUUGUUGCCAAAAAUCCCACCUUCAACAGAGAGUGGCGAAGGCUCUCCGGAUCGAGCCAACAGCUCCCAGUCUUUGCCAGCGUCCAGGAACGGAGUCACAGAGCCCUCCACCACACCGUCCACCUCCACGCCCAGUAGCAAGGAACAUGGCAACCUGCCCAUCAUAGUCCCCAUGAUCCCCCCGCCACUGAUCAAGCCCCCUGCAGAUGAAGAUGCAUCCAAUGUGCAGAUCAUGUGCGCCUGGUGCCAGAAGGUUGGUGUCAAACGCUAUUCUCUGAGCAUGGGGAGUGAGCUGAAGAGCUUCUGCAGUGAGAAGUGCUUCGCCGCCUGCCGCAGAGCCUAUUUUAAGAGAAAUAAGGCGAGAGACGACGAUGGCCUCGGUGGGAAAUUACCCCAGCACAGCUUUACUCAGGACACGCCCAGGCUUGUCUUCAAGACAAACAGCGAUGUGCUUGUGUGUGACUGGUGCAAACAUAUUCGCCACACUAAGGAGUACCUGGACUUUGGUGCUGGUGAGCGAAGGCUGCAGUUCUGCAGUGCCAAAUGCCUGAACCAAUAUAAGAUGGACAUUUUCUACAAGGAGACCCAGGCUGCGCUGCCUGGAGCACUGUGUAACCCAGGACAUGGGACUGGUGGGGAUGGUAAGCUGGAGUGUGGUGGAGGGGUACAGCUGCUCACUCCGGAAUCUUGGGGAACGCCGUUAACAGACCUCCGUCGUAAAGCUCCGUCACCAGGGGGGCCUUCCACCACCUCUGCUUUGGCCCCUUCCACUUCCUCUGCCACCUCGCCCUCAGACACUGCUGCCCUCUGCUCCCCAUCCUCUUCCUCCUCAAACAAGAUCCCCACACCCAGGCCCCACGAGAGCCCCACACUUCCCCCUCCGCCUGUUCCCAGUAUGCACCCACCUGUCGGGGUUCCCUCUGGUAGUCCUCCCAUGGUGAUGACACCCCGGGGACCCAUGCCCCUGCCCCUGUUCAUGGAGCAUCAAAUGAUGCAGCAUAUCCGUCCACCAUUUCUUCGUCCCUCUGCCCACCCAGCAGGGCCCAAUAGCCCCUUGUCAAACCCUAUUAUCCCUGGUAUUGGUCCACCACCUCCCCCUAGGACCAUUGGUCCAGCAUCAAGCCCCAUGCACAGGCCCCUGCUGUCUCCACAUGUCCACCCCUCAUCCAAUCCAAACCCUGGCAUGAUGCCUCCCCAUCCUGGACUCCCCAUGCCAGGCAUGCCCCCUUUCCCACCAGUCAACAUGAUGCCCAAUGGACGCAUUCCUCUGCCCCCAAUGAUGAACUUUGGCAUGCCAUCCUUGGCCCCUUUGGUACCCCCACCAACUCUCUUGGUCCCUUACCCUGUCAUUGUACCCCUCCCAGUCCCAAUUCCUAUCCCAAUCCCAAUUCCCUUCAGUCCCAAAGCUUCCAGGGACCAGCCGGAGAGAAGUGGCUCCGUCCGAAGUGCUCCAGAGUCCUCUGAAGCUUCAGCUUCUAGGCUCCACUCUCCAGGUUCCUCUGGAGGUGACAGAGGGGAGCAGAAAGUAGAGCCAGCUGGUACAGAGCAUCUCUCUCCUGUACGCUCUGAGAGAAGCAGGACAGCGUUAGUGGACUUGACUGUGAAGGCAGAGGACAAUUCGGGCAACCUGUGUCUAAGCAGCGGCCCCGGACCGAUGGAUGGAGUGAUUGAUCUAACUGUGGGCCAGAGGUCAUGCCAACAGCAGGUAAUUCAGAUGAUGCUACCUGGGGUCCAGGUCAAAGUAGAGGCAGAGGCUGACUCAAGAUCUCCACCAGCUACUGGGUUGGGGAGGGAAGGGAAGGGUAGUCGUGAUGGGGGGGAGGGGGCCCUCUCACAGGGCCUCCUCAGUGCUACCGAGCUGGAAGGGGCCACACUCCCAAGCACACUGGAAUCAUCAGGCCCACCCUCCAGCAACAGCAGCCCUUCUUGCAAUGCGGAUCCUCCAGUGAGCCUGCUAAAUCCCUGUAUCUCCAAUCUUACCCCACCACCCUUACCUAGCACAGCACGGACCCAGCCACAACCCUUGCCCCAGCUCCAAACUAGCCCUGCUGCCCCAUGUAAUGUCAUAGUCAAUGGUACGGGAUGGCAUUCGCUUCCCCCUCCUGCCUUUGAGUCUUGCCCUGACCGGAGAGGAGACAGCGUUACAGGAGAAGGAGAGGCAGAGGAGCAGCCAGCCAAUGGUGAGCUAGAGCGUGAAGCAUUGAAAGAGAACAAUUGCUCGGUCGGAGAUUGGGAGCCGGGGAGGCGGGGCCCAGUGCAAGACGAGAUGGCGGACACAGUGGAGGGUAAGCCAGACCCUGACUCCAACUUGGAGGAGGGUGAGCACGCCUAUGCCCUGCCACUGCUGUCUACCGGAGGCUGUGUCGUCAUCCAGCCUGUGCCAAAGCCCGGCGCUGACAAGACAGCCAUCCUGUCCUGCUCCAUCAGUGCCCCUGUAUCAGCAGCCGGGAGCCCCGAGUUGGAGCCGCCACUGAAGAGGAGGUGUCUGCGAAUCCGCAAUCAAAACAAAUGAGAUGGACGCUCUGAGGACCACAGUGCCAUCAAUGACACUCACUUGUCCACCCCCCACCUCCAAAUCCCACUCCUCCCAACUACACCACCGCACACGUGCACACACAAACAAUUUUCUUGUCCUCACUCAUCGUCCAGUCUACCAGCACCACAAAUCGCCUUUGACGACUGAUGAGAGUCCAAUCAAAUAUGUUGAUGUGUAUCAUAGUCGAGCAGACAGGACUCCUUUUGUCCAUGUGACAGACACUCUGAUGGACUGAACUUCUACAGACUUGAUGUCAUGGCCAGCAGGAUCGCUUGAUCUUUGAACUGCAGACAGUGUCCCUGCAACAGGAGGACUUUACCCCGCUGCUUCUCUCCUCAUUUAGAGACUCUCAGCCCACACUGGCUCUUAUAGCUUAUCCACUCUCCCCUAUCAACGCAAAUGCCCCCUGUAUUGUCUGUUACUAUGGAACACACUAUGAGCUGCUGCUGGGACAUUAGUGAAGGAGCCCCGUAGAGAGAUUUCCAUCCCUCAGUGAAAUGCUCCUAUUUCGGUCCAACCUGGUGCCACACCACAGGUACAAAAUCUCUGCUCCAGUAAGUGUUAUUUUUUCUCACACAGUUUGUCACUAAGGUAUAGACCUAUUUCACAAUGUUUCGAUUGUAGAGCCACAGAGCUGGCAAAAAUGGCAGAAAUUCUGCUGUAUUUUCUUGGCCUUUGCUUGUGCACAACCAGCAAAAAUGUACUUGCCAACCUAACAUGUGUUCUGGGUAAUUGUGAUGGGUGGUAGCUAAAAAGAAGCACAAGCAUGAAUACUGUUAAUGUAAUAUGACUGAAGGACAAUUUAAAAAGAUAUUUCAAUCAGAGGCUGCAGAACAGUCCUUGAGAAUUAUUCCGACUUAUUCAGUAAACUAAAGAAUCAAAUGUUCACCAGCAAUUAAUUGUCCUGUGGCAUCUCUUGGUUUGCUCUUAAAGUUCAUUGAACCUCAAUAUUUAUUGUUGCAAAAAAUGAGACAGAAUCAUGAUAAUCAUUCCUUCUACAGAGUUUUGCACCCUCAAGAAUGCAGACUGUAUGCUUAUACAGUAAGUUGUGCUAGUAACAGUAAUGGGGGCCCCUGCUGUUUCAAAGCUUACUGCACCUACAAAAGAACUGGGAUGACAUGGCAAUGUAGAAACUCUGCCAACCUGCAAUGGGUACUUGGUACCGCAGGCUAGUUCUUAAUCUUUUCCACUGGUGAUGUUCCUGUAAUGGGUUAGUUUGAGACUGGCUGCACUGAAUUUAGAGGGGGCGGAGGGAAGCCAGCUCUUUCAUAAAUAAUUCUGUUGGGACCUGGAGGAAAGUAAUACUACAGAAAUAUUUCUACAAUAAACACACCAAGGAAAAACUCAAUUGGAGAUAAUUUGAGAAAUAUUUAAAAUGUUGCCUCUUGGUUGUCCACCAAUCCUGCCAAGUUGUUUUAAUAUUAGUUUUAAGCCACAUUUAAAGCCAGUGUUUUCCUUGAUUCAGUGUCAUGCUCUGUGUACAGCUUUUUGGGCACUUUAAGUAAAUGCAACACAACUGUCACCCAUCCAGUUCGAUCUGAUCUAGUGACACUGUAGCUUAAGCAUGUGAGCUAGGACUCCAUCAAACAAAGCCAGCAUUUAGUUUACACUCCUAUGGAGGAGGUACAUUGUACCAGUGCAAGACAAGGUAUUAUCAUAUGCCAAAGGCCUCUGGUGUGUUGAAGCAAAACAUGUCACCUAGUUUUCAGUGGAAAUGGGAUUUGAAACUGAAGAUUUGACCAGAUAAUUUAUAGUUGCCAAAAUAACAAGCACUUAUUUAAAAAAAAAAAAAAAAAGGAAG